AUCGCCAUUUGCGCGUUUGACCAGACAGUGCAAGCGAGGCUCGUCAUGGGCCAUCGGGGUUUGUUACAAGCUCUUGCCGAGCCAUGCCCCGGCUUCAAUGAAGUUUGUGUGGCGUGGUUGGUGUAGAGACGGGAUUGCGAGAGGGAUCGGGAGAGGACGACGACGAGGAGGAGGAAUAGGAGGAGGAGGAAGCCAUGUCCGUGAGGAGGACGCUGGGGCGGUGUCCCGCGGACAACGAAGCGCAGGAAGGAUGCGGGAUCCCAUGGGGAGUCACGGUGCAGCCGUUCGCUGCGACGGACGAGCUCAAGCGGCCUCCUGAGCAAGGCGAUCGCGGGGAGGCGCUGCCGCGAUGUGAUAGCUGCUGGGCGUAUCUCAAUUCGUUUUGUGAAAUCGACAAGUGGGCCUGGACGUGUGCGCUCUGUGGCCAGUUGAUCGCAUUCUCUGAGGAGGAGGCUGCGCGGUAUUGGCAAUCGUCGUCGCCGCGUCCAGAAGUUUUGUCCUCUUUUAUCGACGUGGAGCUUGAUGAUGAUAACGAGGAUAAUCCAGUAGAUGAUUUUCAAGCCAGGCCCGUCUUUGUAGCAGCAGUGGAUCUGUCAGCUUCCGAAGAGUUUUUAGAGCUAGUGAAAAGUUCCCUCCUUGCGGCUCUUGAAGCCUUAAAUGCAGGUGCGCUGUUCGGGUUGAUUACCUUUAGUCACAAGAUAGGACUAUACGAUGUGCAAGGUCCCGUUCCAGUUGUGAAGUAUGUUAGCAUUCCUCCGGAUAUGGAUGGGAAGCUUCCCGUCGAUCUCGACAUGGUCAUGCCAUUGCCCGCAUUUCUUGCUCCAGUGGAGAACAACAAGGAACAUAUUGCUGCAGCACUAGAGACGUUGAGACCUACAAGCUCUUGGGAGCGAGCUACAGCAGCAGGACAAGGUGUAGAGGGUGUAUCUAUGGGUGGUCGCGGAUUUGGUGUUGCCAUGGACGCUCUCAUCAACUAUUUGGGUCCUGAAUAUGGCGUAACAUUUGCAAUGGCACGAGUAUUUGCUUUCCUAUCGGGCCCGCCUGAUUACGGUGCUGGACAGCUGGAUACGAGACGCUACGGAGAGCAGUAUUCUAGCAAGGGUGAGGACGCAGACAAGGCUCUACUUCCUCCACAAACUUCUUAUUACAAAGAUUUGGCCGCACAAGCAGUGCUAGCAGGCGUUUGCGUGGACCUAUUUGCUGUCACAAAUGAGUACACUAAUUUGGCCUCACUCAAGUAUCUGAGUAUAGAAAGCGGUGGCGGCCUGCUGCUAUAUUCAAGUACUGAAGAAGCCACCCUUCCACAAGACCUAUAUCGCAUGCUCAAUAGACCGUAUGCUUUUGGAUGCAUCCUGCGUGUUCGAACGUCGACAGAGUUCAAGGCCGCCACUGCCUAUGGACAUUAUUUUCCAGAUCCUGAAUACGACAACGUUCAGCGUAUUAUUUGUUGUGAUCAAUUCGCGACGUACGCCUUCGAUUUUGAAUUCAACAGUUCGUCUGGCUUCACUAGGAACAUGGAAACCCCACCUAUUUUGCAAAUGGCUUUUCAAUAUUCCAUCCUCGUGCCUCGAGACGGAGGCACUAAUACCUCACAGGCAAAUGGGAAUCCAAGCAAUGUUCCAGUCUCAUCCGGCAGUCAAGCUUAUGUCGUGAAGAGGCGCCUCAGGUUGCGCACCCUGCAAAUGGAUGUAGCUGCUAAUUUUACAGAGUUGUACGAGAGCGCAGACACCGAGGUUAUCCUGGCCGUCCUAACACACAAGAUCGUUCGAGCAUCUUUGGAUGAGGGCGUGAAGGAAGCACGCGCCCUCCUGCAUGAUUGGCUGGUGAUUCUUACGGCACAAUACAACGACUACUGCAAGCUUGCCCAAUUCGAACAGCCCAGCACUCACAGCAGGUUGGAUGUGGCGUUCUCAGGGUGCCCCCAACUGCAAGCUUUGCCCCGCCUGAUUUUCGCGCUACUUCGGAACCAGUUGUUGAGAAGUCACGAAGAAGGAGUGCAUCCUGAUCACAGAAUAUACCUCCAAUGCCUGUUCAGCGCAUUAGAGCCUUCGUUCCUGUUGAGAGCCGUGUAUCCUGUGCUAUCAUCGUUCGAGACGCUGGACAGGCGAGCGUAUCCCCGUCACUCAUUGAGUCGUGCAGCUUUGAUGGUGAAUGGGAGCCCCAUCUACGUUCUGGAUGCCUUCACCACGCUGAUCGUGUAUUAUUCUCCGACAGCCGAUCCAGCGCUGCCGUUCCCUCCGCCCCAGAACUGUGGAUUGCGGUCGAUGAUAAACAAGCUGAAGCAGGAGAGGAACAUCACCCCGAAGCUGUUGAUGAUCAGAGGAGGGCGCGACAACACAGAGGCAUUUGACCGUUACUUGAUAGAGGAGCAGGAAGUGGAUGGCAGUGGGAUAGGCACAGGCGUGGGGUUCGUUUCGUUCUUGGACGACAUCGCACAUGAUGUGAUGAAGUAUAUGAAGUAAAUACAGCGCUGUUGGCAAUCAGGCGCAAUCAUCGUAUGUGGUUUCUGGUGAUAGAGUGGGAGUACGUGCACACAAGCCCGAAUUUUACAAUGAUUGUACAUAAUAUAAUGUUGAUUUGUAAUUUGUCAA